AUUUUAUUGCCUUAGCAAAUGUACCAAGUACCAUGUAGAAUUAUUAUUCAUCAAGCUUGGACCCAUGGACGUUAAUGGCACGUUGAUUAUUAUUGGAGAUUUUAUCUACUAACUGAAAAAUAUUCGUGCGUUGUUGUUUGUAAAGUACCUAAAGUCCUAAAUCAUCGCUUUCAGCAUUGAAUCUACACUCAAUCAUAGUCUAUAUUCACUUGCUUGUUUUCUUUCCUCUCUUAAAUUUUGAUCCAUCCCCCACUUAUUUGAACUUAGAACUUCCAUCUUCUCUCUCUCCAAUUCCAACAUAGAUUCUUGAGCUUCCUACUCCAAUGGCUCCAAUUGCGCUUCUCAACCCAGCAACAAGUGUCACAACUAUAACUGGAAAGGUGAAGAAGCAUGUGAUGAGGGGAAAGUACUCUUUUGGUGGUGGAAGAAGCUAUAGAGUGGGAUUGCCACCAUUGUUGAUCCUUCCAAGUUGGAGGGUCCAAAAAGUUCAAUGUUUUGGUAAUUGGAGUAGAAAUGAUUCAAAAGUAAUUGGGGAUAACAGAGGUUCCAUGGUAGUGAAGGCUGCUUCUGAAGGAGGAGCCAUCUCUCUACCUAAGCAUUGGCCACUUUCAAAGAAUUAUGAGAAUAUGAAAUAAGAAGAUGAAGAAGAAGAAGCAGCAGAAGAUGAAGAGGAGAAAGAGGAAGAGUUUUGAAUUAGACAGAAAUUAUCAGCAUAUAUACACCGAAAAUUCUUAAACAACACACCCAAAUAUUUUUAUUUUACACCCAAAUUUACUGCAAAUAAAGAAAAAUAUUUUC